ACAUUUACAGUAGUUUCUCAUCAUGGAAGAAGAAGACGAUAUAACACUACGUAAGCCCCCGAGUACCCACAUUUUGGGGGUAAUGCUACAUUUUCUGAUGAGCUUCCCAAAUGACACGGAAAGCCUAAAAGCACCUCAACUGCGAGAUUCUGUCAGAAAUAUCUUUCCAUUUUUCGCAACUUUAUUCAUUUUGGUUGGAGUAGCUGGGAUCCUUCUGAAUCUUCGCAUGAUUUACUUCGUGUUCCACUGGAGAAAACACUGUGGUAACUUGGAUAAGUUCUUGGUUAGCAACGCCAUCAACGAUCUUGUAAAGUGUGUCGUUGUGUUGCCUUUGUCUGUGGCAACACUUUUUUAUCACAACUGGGCUAUGGGCAGUGUGGUUUGCCAUCUUUUACCUAUAAUUCAAGAUGUUCCAUUCUACUCCACACUCCUAACGUUGCUGGCACUGUCGUUCGAUAGAUAUCGGUCAUUUCUGUUCCCAGGAAGACAUCGGAUGUUGGUCAGUUUUUACAUGCUGCUUAUCUGGGUUUCAAGCUGUGUGGUGGCACUUCCGUACACUGUCUUCACCAGGUACGUCCACAUUGCAGAUUAUUUCGGACCCGAGUUCCAAGGUGUCGGCCUGUGCGCCCUAAAUUUGGAAAACAACAUCCAGGAAUUUAUCAGGGUUCUCUUCAUCAUCCUUUACGUCCUACCGGCAGUUUUAUUAGCCUAUUUCCACUUAAAGACGUCGGCAGAAAUUACCAAUCGACUCACUGCCCUAAGAUUUCGUAACCGAAACACUACAGUAGUACUGCCGCGUGUGGAAGAAACUUCAUUUUCCAACACCAAUACCAGAAACGAAACAUCGGCAGCAACCGUUCAUGGUUACAGAAACCCACUUUUGUCAUCAUUAGAGCCCCCCGAAAGCUUCAGACUUCGAGAGUUUUCGGAUCGAAUCUCCUCUAGCUGUGACAAUCAGGACGAUGAUAUUGAUUGGGAAAGAGAAAAUAUUAAUGAGAAGAUUUUCUUCACAAUAGUUCUGAUUUACAUCGUUUGUCUUUUACCUCUCCAGUUUACCCGCCUUUUUAAACACUUCAUUGUCGAAACCCUCGAUAAUACAAUCCACUUCGACAGGGCGUUCACUUGUGUUGUUUGGAUCGCUUUUCUUCCCGUGGUAUCUACUCCCCUUCUUUACCACUUCCUUCAGCCGUGUUGUGGGCCAGCCAGGAAUUUGUGUCGGUAUUUGGUCCUCAAGAGACAAGGGUCUACAUUCUCGAAUCAAGAUUCCGAUAUAAUAUCCAGUAAUGCCUACCAUCCUCCCUUGUCCCCCUCCCAGUCCCUUAGACAACAAUUUCUGUAAAAUUAGUGGUAACCUGAGUUUUAGUACUUUUGGAAAUUCUAGGUUUUCCCAACCAUCCUCUCGUAACUUGGUUUCUAUACUGUCAUCAGUUAUUUUGUCUUAUUUACGUUCUUGAAUUCCAUCUGACCCUUAUUAGUAAUAACCUAAAACUUGAUUGGAUUUUAUCUUAUUCUGUUAGUUGAACUGAUACUAAGUUUGACUCGAAUUCUUACACCAAAGAAAAAAAAGUCCCAUUAUUUUCAUAUUGUUGUCAGUGAAGACUACCUCUGUUACUAUUACACUAGUGGAAUUGGUGAAUAAGAAAUAAUUGCGUUCUUUACGAAACUCGUCAAAAUGUGACGUCAAACAUAGGUUUAUUGUGGAUUGGUUGAGGUAUAACAAAUAACUUAAAAAACAAAACAGCAUGGCGACUGUGUUUUAUGGACAUUCGAUAUUUGGAUGGUUGUAUAUCAGAUCAAAUGGAAUAAUCUGCUGCUGCUUAUUUGUUGUCACGACAAAUUAAUGUUACCAGUUCUCACAAUGAGGAAUUAUUUUGUUAUCAACCAAACUUACACUAUAGUGUUGUCACGACAAAUUAAUGUUACCAUUUCUCACAAUGAGGAAUUAUUUUUGUUAUCAACCAAACUUACACUAUACUUAUGAUAACAUCUCAGGAUUCACUGAUGCUUUUAACAUACUCAGUUUUAAAAUGUGACGAUAGGUGAGUGAAAAACGAAGAGAUAGAUCAGAUGGAUUACUCUUAGUGUGUUAAUAUUUUAGAAUGAAUUCUACAGGAAGAACUGAGAAACAACGAUCAAAAAUUCAACCAGCUGUGGAAAAAUAAGGAAAACUGACAACAACUAUCAAAAAUUCAACAACUGUGAGAAAAUAAGGAAAAACUGAGACAACAACUAUCAAAAAUUCAACAACUGUGAGAAAAUAAGGAAAAACUGAGACAACAACUAUCAAAAAUUCAACCAGCUGUGGGAAAAUAACAAAAAACUGACACAACAACUAUAAAAAAUUGGACCAGCUGCGGGUGCUUAAUUUCGAUCACCUGCGUGAUUAAACCAAAAAGGCACGAAUGCUUGAAGAUGGUGAAAUAUAAUAGUCACAAAAGAAUAAGACGCGACCUUUAUCACAAGACGUAAUCAUGACUAAUAAAUAUAUCGCGAAAUGAAGUCUAGUAAAUUUAACAACCUUAGGCUAGGAGGCUAAUGAUUUUUCCUAAGGAUUAACUGUUAUCAUUGUGUCAAACUCUGCUACAAUCUCCUCAUAAAUUUCGAAGUGUACAGUUUAAGUAGAUGGAUAUAGGCAGGUUAUAGGAUAGCACAUAAGACUCGAUCAAAAGAAAAGUAUACUCUAAGAUAUUAGAGCAUAUUGCCUGAACUUACCAGUCGGUUAAUAUAGCCGGAAUGGCAAGGAAAUGAUGAAAGACAUUCAACUCGUGUGCGAUGACUCCAAACAUCCUAUGUUUCUAUUAUUAUUCUCGGAAGGCAUGUGUCCUCUCGUCUACUUGGUUUUCUUUGCUGACGAUCAUUAUUCUUGUUCAAGACUUUAUGGUGUAUUCUGAAUUAAUCAUUAAUAAUUUUAAUGAUUCAGAACUUUAAUAUCAGGCUCACAGGAAGAUAUCUGUAGAGUAAGUAAAGAAUUUACGAAAAAGGACAUUUAAGUUAAAACCCAUAAUAUUUUCAUAAAAAUAUGAAUAUGAAAUCCAUAGACAUUCCUGUGUUUUACCUUAACAGCUGUUGUUUAUAAACCCUAGGUGUCUCUGUACAAAUACUAGGACUUAGAGCGGUGAUACGGGUCACAAAUCCUGAUAGCCAAUCAAAGCUGUGAACUUCGCCACAUUGGGUUCUUGAGGAUUCGUUAUAUUUACAGGUACAGGAGAUUAAACUAGCUAAAUUUAAAACCCUCUUUCUGCUGCGAGGUAUUAACCUUCAAGACAUGAUCUAACAAGUCUUUAAGAAAUUAUUUCUGUUGGAUUGAUUUUAGAUAAUGCCUUAAUAGUGCCAGAAUGAAGCCAAGCUGGUGAAAUUACUAACAGCUAAAUCAAAAGUUGAAACAAAGGUUUCCUAAUACAUGAUGAGAUAAUUCUGAUAAACCUAUUUCAGUAACAAUAAACUUUUCACGGGAUCAUCUUGGUGAACUUUCUUCAGUUAAAUUGAAUGUGAAGAUGAAACUAGUGUAUGGUGAGGUUAUAUUGAGGUGUUUCUGAGGAACUUAUGAUGAGGUAAUAUUGAGGUGCUUCUGGUGAACUAAUGAUGAGGUAAUAUUGAGGUACUUCUGAUGAACUUAUGAUGAGGUAAUAUUGAGGUAGUUCUGAUGAACUUAUAAUGAGGUAAUAUUGAGGUGCUUCUGAUGAACUUAUGAUGUAGUAAUACUGAAGUACUUCUGAUGAACUUCAACUAAGUUGAAAGGUGGAAUAAAUCUUUCAUAACAUCAGAAUAAGAUCAUUCUGAAGAACUUAGUUUAUCUAAAUUAGAAGUUGAAAUAAAAGUUAGUGUCGUCAGAGUAUGGUUCGAUUGAUGAAUUUUAUUAAGUGAAAGUUUCACGAGACAAUAAUGAGAUUUGUGUGAUUAAUUUAUU